CGGGACACCCUGACGGACGAGACGGUGGCGCUGAAGAAGGUGCGGAUGGACAACGAGAAGGAUGGAAAGCCCAUCAGCAGCCUGAGGGAGAUUACUCUGCUCCUGCAGCUCCAGCACCCCAACAUCGUGGAGCUCAAGGAGGUGGUUGUGGGGAACCACCUGGAGAGCAUUUUCCUGGUGAUGGGCUACUGUGAGCAGGACCUGGCCAGCCUCCUUGAGAACAUGCAGACACCCUUCUCAGAGGCUCAGGUGAAGUGCAUUGUCCUGCAGGUGCUCAAGGGGCUGCAGUACCUCCAUGAGAACUAUAUCAUACACAGGGAUUUGAAGGUCUCCAACUUGCUGAUGACCGACAAGGGCUGUGUGAAGAUAGCCGAUUUUGGCCUGGCACGCACCUAUGGGAUGCCCCCCAAGCCGAUGACCCCCAAGGUGGUGACGCUGUGGUACCGCGCGCCCGAGCUGCUGCUGGGGAUGACCACCCAGACCACCAGCAUUGACAUGUGGGCUGUGGGAUGUAUCCUGGCCGAGCUGCUGGCACACAAACCACUGCUGCCCGGCACCUCUGAGAUACACCAGAUCGACCUCAUUGUGCAGCUGCUGGGGACACCCAACGAGAACAUCUGGCCGGGAUUCUCCAAGCUGCCCCUGGCCAGCCAGUACACCCUGAGGAAACAGCCCUACAACAACCUGAAGCACAGGUUCCCGUGGCUGUCCGAGGCAGGGCUGCGCCUGCUCAACUUCCUCUUUAUGUAUGACCCUAAAAAGAGGGCCACGGCCAAGGACUGCCUGGAAAGCUCCUACUUCAAGGAGAAGCCCUUACCCUGCGAGCCGGAGCUGAUGCCCACCUUUCCCCACCACCGCAAUAAACGGGCGGCGGGGACGGCACCAGAGGGGCAGGCUAAGCGCAGCAAGCCCUGA